UGUUGUUUAUAUUCCGUUUCACCGACUGUCCUUCGAACACUGAAUCCGAAAAUGAGCGCUGUUCUGCGGGCUGCGUGCGUGCUCCUCCUCGGCCUCCUCUGGGCCUCCGUCUCCCCGUCCUCCUCCUGUCGGGUCCGGAUCCCGCCUCACGACCAGGUGGCCCGGGUCGCCCGCUUUAUCGCCCACACGUGCGACUGGGCUUCCAUGGCCACCAUCUCCACCCACAAGCCGGUGGUGGGCCAGCCGUUCUCCAACGCUUUCUCGGUGAGCGACGGGCCGGAGGGCUCCAGCUCCGGGGUGCCCUACAUGUACCUGACCCGCAUGGAGAUCUCCGUGCAGGACCUGGAGGUGAACCCUGAGGCGUCUCUGUCCAUGUCUCUGGCUCAGACUGAUUACUGCAGACAGCAGGGCUUCGACCCUCAGAGUCCUCUCUGUGCCCACAUCAUCCUGUCUGGAUCUGUUGUCGAGGUGAACGGGACGGAGGCGGGGUUUGCUAAGAAAGCUCUGUUCAGUCGACACCCGGAGAUGAUCGACUGGCCGUCUGAUCACAACUGGUUCUUCGCCAAGUUCAACAUCACACAGGUGUGGGUGUUGGAUUAUUUUGGCGGGGUGAAGACCGUCACUCCAGAGGAAUAUUUCCAGGCCUCACCGUACAGGAAGCACCACUGACGGUCAGAGCUGCUGGUCUCUGUAGUCCUAAAUGUUCCAUUUGUAGUUCUACAAGUUUCAGAUUUAACAAAGUAAAUUUUUAUCAAAUUGCUUAACAGUUCAUCAGAUGAUAAGUUCCAUCUCAUUUGUUUUUUAUUAAUAUUUUUCAUUAUUUCCACUUCUCAUAAAUAUAUUUCAGUUUGCUAAAAUUAAACUUUGAUUUAUUUUAAAUUAAAUCAUCUUUGAAUCAUCGUAGAAGAACAGUAGACACACAUUUUCUCAUAAAUCAAGAAAAAUAAUAAAAAAUAAAAUAAAAUUCUUUAAUUAAUACAACAUUAGGCGUUUACUAUUUUACUAUUAUUUACUUUAAAAUGACUGCAGGAGUUCAUAAAACAGUGAGGAAGAUGCCUAUUCUUAUAUAUACUCUAUAAUCUUAUGAUAAUCCAAAUCACAGUAUUGGAAAAAAUCAAUCAGCAGUGCAGUGGUUCUUAUAGACUGAUUGAUCAAUUUAUUAUUUUUUAGUUUAUAUUAUAUUUUGAGAAGAAAAUAUUUUCCUACCUUCAACAAUAAUUCUCUGGUUUCUGCUGAUCAAAGUUAGAAAUGAUAAAUGUGUGAUUAUAUAUAUAUUUAUGUGUGCACAGUGUAGUUGUGUCAUACAGAAGAUGACAGUUGCAGUAUUGGAGUUUGGCCACUGGAUGGCGCCAUGGUGCAGAUAAUCAAACUCAAACAUUCAUAAUGUAAUUACAUAUUCCAUAGACAGACAUUAAAAACUGAACGACGCUGAUUCAAUUUUAACUUUCUUCUUUCGAAGUUUGAAAAUCGCAACAAUUGAAGUUGAAAAUGAAAUGAAAUAAACGUACAUCUGCACCUUUUUACACUUUUACUGGAACAGGAAACACUUAUACUUAUAUAGUAUACUUAUUAUACAUGUUUUUCUUUUUCUUUCUUUGGUUUUGUGUCUCCAUGCAGCUCAACACACCAAACUCCAGUCAAUCAAACAAAGAUUUAAGGAGUGUGAUUUGAUGAGCUUUGCACUGGAAACCUCCUGUUGUUCUUGUCUUUGCUGUGACAACAAACUGCACUUUAUAUUAGAAUCAGCAGAAUCAAAAUGAAUCUUUUAAACUAGGAAAAGUUUAAUUAUUAGAUCACAGUCACACUCAAACUUUACUGUCUCGUUAGGGCAGGAAAUUUGACACAAAUAAACACGACACAUUGAAAUAGAGAUUUUUUAUUGGUGGGAACUGAUAAUAAUCUAAAGUGGCUUCUACAUUGAAUGUAUUUAUUUAGGAUUAGGCUUAUUAAGUCUUCAUUAUACUUUCAGUUUUAGUCAGAGUGGUGGGGGUGGGGUCGUAAACUGGCGCUCGAAUGCCACUGUGAUACCAUAUCAAUAACUUUGUGUGACGCCUUAAACGUCUCGUUACACUCCAGUAACGAUUCUCUGCUCCUUCAUGCCGAAGAGGAACAUUUGCCUUUAAAAUAACUUGAAGACUUUGCUGUGAAAUUUUAUUUUUUUGAGACAAUAUUAAUGGAUGAUUUGUAUAAAUAAAGUUUUGUGUUACAAAAACA